UCUCCCGCUCCAACCAUGUGAUUUACAUGUUUGACAAUGCGAUCUCAUGUCCCCUGUUCCGGUUGCUAGGGUGGGGAGACAGUCCUAGGCAACGUUGUACGCAAAUCUCCUUUCAGCCGAGAGGCGAGAAACAGGAUCCGCUACUUGUAAACGUCAGACGCGACAGUGAAGAGUGGGUCCAUCCGCGCGCAACCGAUAGUUUUCAUAGAAGUAGCCAAACAGAAAAUUCUCCAUCUUGUAUACAGGCGACGCUCUAGUGACUGUGGGCAACAAGAUAACGUGACAACAUUUACGAUGCCUGAAAUGCGAUAAGUGCGCAACUAUCGUCAUCAAAGCGCGAGUGAGUGAGCACCAAACUGGACUUCGCUUGGCUCUUUCACUUUGCCGCUGGCCAGGUCAACACAACACAGCACCACAUAGCUGCGUAGCCGCCUGCGCGUUGCGCCUGGCUCCGACUCGCUCUCUCCCUCUACGGACCGACCAGCCUGUCAGCGCGGAAAGGGACAUCCAGCGUGAGCAUCGAACCAUCGAGUCUGUAAGCGGAUCAGACUCUCGACGAGAAGAGAAUCCACUUUUUCUGAGACUUUCCGCGUCCACACAUCUUCAGAUCCAAGGAACAGGUGAAAUGACAUCUGCUUCUCCCAUCGGGCUGAAUUCAAGCAGAAAUGGAAACAGAAAAUGAAAUGUCUAGAGCCUGCGGUUAUCGUCUGCCUCACAGGGCAGAGAACAUGAACACAUAUCGACUGAGAAGUUACAUGCGGUAAAGUAGGCUAGUCUACAGGAAGAAGCGGACAGCAUCCAAAUGGCAAGUCUACAUGGGUUCAAAGUUUGUGUAGCCAUUUUAUCUGUUUUGGGAGGACGUUUACAGUGUUAUUUGCAUUGUAGUCUUCCAUAGGUCUACUGCAGCACGGAGGGACAAAAUUCACCUUCAUACUGACUUUAAUUAUAAUUACUACUAUUACUUUAACUACUACUCAGCUGCCUUUGUUUGUUAUUAAUAAUGUGUCACACAUUCAUGGACUGUAUUGUAAUGCAUAGGCCUCGAUGGCAGUUAGAAAAAAAAAACAGUUGACAUCUCAUCUGAUGUGGAGCCAGCCAUCGCUACCAGUAUUUUGUGGUGUUCUUUAGCUGCUGAGCUAGCAGAGACUGACCAGUAGCCCCUUAGGGACCACAAUGCCCCCUGCUGCGUGUCCUUCUUCUGGCUCUAAACCCCACCCGGUUAGAGUGGUAGCCUCAGACUGGUGUGACGCUCCCCAGACACUGUCCAAGCCUCCAAAACUGUCCCAGCCUCCAAAACUGUCCCAGCCUCCAAAACUGUCGCAGCUUCAGCCAGACCAGCCUCUGUUCAGACUCAGAGCAGUGGGUCCCAGACAUACCGAAGACCAGUCUCCAACACCGGACCGGCCUCAGACCUCGAUAAGAGCCCAGAUAAAGCCCCGGGCUCAGUCACUGUCGGAGCUUCGGCCCCCGCUUCAUCCCUGGUCUACGACAAGGCUUCAGCCUCGUCCCCUGACUCCACCCUGACUCAACCAGUAUCCAACGGUAGGCUGCCGGGCCACGGGCGCAGCAACGGGCACGGCAUGGGCAACUCCUCCAGGAAGGAGGAGAGCCAGGAAGAGGAGAAAGAAGAGGACGGGGAGAAGGCCAGGGUGAUGGAGGAGGAGAGAAGGAAGAGGAAGAAGAAGAAAGAGGAAGAGAUGGAGGAUGAGGAGCUGCCCCUUGGCGUGGAGGAGCUGUUGGCGAGUGGAGACCCCGUCUUGGACCUGAGCUAUAAGAAGUUCCGCAGGCUUCCCGGCGUGGUCUGUGGGCUACACCACCUGGAGAAGCUGUAUGUGUGUGGUAACAGCCUGCGGACCGUACCGGAGAACAUCGUCAAGUUGAAGGGCCUCCGUAUCCUGGCCCUGGACUUCAACAAGAUCGAGGACGUCCCCCUGGCCAUUUGUGAGCUCCGCAACCUGACACGUCUCUACCUGGGUUCCAACCGCCUGGUGUCGUUCCCCCCGGAGCUACGGAACCUUCAGAACCUCCGCUGCCUCUGGAUGGAGAGCAACUACUUCACCCGGUUUCCCCGCCAGCUCUACGACUUACCCCACCUCCGGUCCCUCCAGAUGGGGGACAACCGGCUGCGGUCCUUGCCCCCGGACCUGUGGCGCAUGGAGGCCCUGCGAGGGCUGUGGCUGUAUGGGAACCGUUUCACAGAGUUCCCCCGGGUCUUACUACGCAUGGUGGAUCUGGAGAUCUUAGACCUGGACAAGAACAAGAUCACAGUGUUUCCUAACCUGCGCCGUCUACCCGCCCUCCGCCUCUUCUCCUAUGACGGCAACCCAGUGGAAGGGCCUCCUGGUGUGGGGGAGGAGGUGCUGCUGGUCGGGGAGGGGGCCCAGGAGGAGUUGGAGGACCGGGCCUACAGGAAGGCCAAGAAGGAGCAGGAGGCAAAGGAGAGGGAGGAGGCGUUGCUGGCUGGGGAGGGGCCUGUGAUCCAGGGCAUUUUAAAGACAGCCAGAGAGAACAGCGCGUCAUACGCUGGGCACAAGCACAAUGAGGAGGUGCCCCUGACCGAGGAGGAGAGGAGGAAGAAGGAGAUGGAGGCGGAGCUGGAGAGGGCGCUGAAUGAGUAUGGGGCGGGGCUGGAGUAUGACCUGGAAGGGAUAGAAUACGACAAGGAGGAGCUAAUACAAGAGGGAGAUGGCUUUGAGGAGUAUGAAGGCCAAGAGUUGGAGUACGAAAGAAGGGACAUGGACUAUGAGGAGGGAGAGGUCCUGGAGGAGACAGGAAGACAAGGGCGUCGGCAUUGAUGACUGACUGACUCCUCCCAAGGCUCCUCACCUCAUUAGUCUCCAGGUUUGCACAACAUUGUGGACUAUGUUGCAGAUGACUGACUGAUCUAAAAAAAAAAUAUUAUUAUGUGUAAGUCAGUUGGUCAAAAUUUACCCACAGUGCAUCACAGACCUGAUGCUUUUGGACCUGCUCCCUGACUCCUCCCCUCCCUGGACUCCUCCCCUCGUUAGACACUGACUUGACAACUUCCAGAUUUGCACUCCCAGGUCUUGGUGCAACAUGAGAACUGGACUCCAGAAGCAGACUGAAUAUAUGGGCAAAACACCCAGGAAUUAUCUAUCAUGUGAAUUAAAAUAUUUUUCUUCAGCUUUUCUUGGCUUAGCUAGAACUUUUUAUAACAAAGAUCCUGCUAUCAUGAACAUGCACAACUAGAAAGUUGUUUUACUUAGUGAAAUGAAUUAUUGUAUAGCCCUGUUUGAACCUCUUGCUGUCUGACUUUGACGGUCACCUUCCCCGUAGUGAGAUAUAUUACAGGGCUGAGCCUCUAAAUAACUAAGGUAUUUAUUAGAUGUGUUUUUUUCUAACUGAGCUGUAACGAUAGAUUUAUGAACUGCACAUUGUGGGGAUGAUGGCAGCAGCGUCUUUGCUAACUCGGCAGAGUGGCACUUCAGAGCAGGACUCGGAUGAUGCUGUGUGUGUGAUUGUGUGUGUGUGUGAUUGUGUGUGUGUGAUUGUGUGUGUGUGUGUGUGAUUGUGUG